UUCACUUCCCGCCCCGCCCCGCCCAGCUCGGAGCGAGCGGCGUUACUACUGACGUGUCUCUCCCUGCCUCGCUCUCUCUGCCUCCCUCUCCCCUCGGCUGAGCCGCACCGCUCGCGGGCUCGGCCGCGGCCCCCGUCGCCUCCCCGGAGCUCGAGCACCCGGCGCCGCCACCAUGGGCAUUAAGUUUCUGGAAGUCAUCAAGCCCUUCUGCGUCAUCCUCCCCGAGAUCCAGAAGCCCGAGAGGAAGAUCCAGUUUAAGGAAAAAGUGUUAUGGACUGCUAUCACACUCUUUAUCUUCUUAGUAUGUUGCCAGAUUCCCCUGUUUGGUAUCAUGUCAUCGGAUUCAGCCGAUCCUUUCUAUUGGAUGAGAGUGAUCUUGGCCUCAAACAGAGGCACACUGAUGGAGCUGGGAAUAUCUCCCAUCGUUACCUCUGGCCUCAUCAUGCAGCUUCUGGCUGGGGCGAAGAUAAUUGAAGUGGGUGACACCCCAAAAGACCGAGCUCUUUUCAACGGUGCCCAGAAGUUAUUCGGCAUGAUCAUUACUAUUGGCCAAUCCAUCGUGUAUGUGAUGACGGGAAUGUAUGGAGACCCCUCUGAAAUGGGUGCUGGAAUCUGCCUUCUGAUCACCAUUCAGCUCUUUGUUGCUGGAUUAAUUGUCCUGCUUUUGGAUGAGCUCCUGCAGAAAGGUUACGGUCUUGGUUCUGGUAUCUCUCUCUUCAUUGCUACCAACAUCUGUGAGACCAUUGUGUGGAAAGCAUUCAGUCCCACCACUGUCAACACUGGCCGAGGUAUGGAAUUUGAAGGUGCCAUCAUUGCAUUGUUCCAUCUGCUGGCUACACGAACAGAUAAAGUUCGGGCCCUUCGAGAAGCUUUCUAUCGUCAAAACCUCCCCAACCUCAUGAAUCUGAUUGCCACCAUCUUUGUGUUUGCAGUUGUUAUCUAUUUUCAGGGCUUCAGAGUUGACCUGCCUAUCAAAUCAGCACGUUACCGUGGUCAGUACAACACCUAUCCCAUCAAGCUUUUCUACACUUCCAACAUUCCCAUCAUCCUUCAGUCUGCUCUAGUAUCUAAUCUGUACGUCAUUUCCCAGAUGUUGUCUGCUCGCUUCAGUGGCAACUUAUUGGUUAGCCUAUUGGGGACCUGGUCUGAUACUUCUUCUGGGGGUCCAGCUCGUGCUUAUCCAGUUGGUGGCCUUUGCUAUUACUUAUCACCCCCAGAAUCCUUUGGUUCCGUGUUAGAAGACCCUGUACAUGCAGUUGUAUACAUAGUAUUCAUGCUGGGUUCAUGUGCAUUCUUUUCCAAAACAUGGAUUGAAGUCUCAGGCUCCUCAGCCAAAGACGUCGCAAAGCAGCUGAAGGAACAGCAGAUGGUGAUGAGGGGCCACAGGGAAACCUCCAUGGUCCAUGAACUAAAUAGAUACAUUCCCACAGCUGCUGCAUUUGGUGGACUGUGCAUUGGGGCCCUCUCAGUCUUGGCAGAUUUCCUCGGAGCUAUUGGAUCUGGAACAGGAAUCCUGCUUGCCGUCACCAUCAUUUACCAAUACUUUGAAAUCUUUGUCAAGGAACAGAGUGAAGUUGGCAGCAUGGGGGCUCUCUUGUUUUAAACUGUGUCUCUUCAUGGGCCUAGAAGAGGGAGUGGAUUCUUGAAUUGUCCAAGAAGAGAAAAGAAAUAACCAAAAUCUUGUUACAAGAGCUCUUAUUGAAGCAGAGUCACAUAUGCCAUGGUAUAAGAACUUUUGUUUGAUAUUCUUUCAUUCCAACUUUUUUGUAUCAUAUGUGCACUUUUUAAAGUGCUAGAAAAUGUCAAAAAAUCUUGUUUUUAAUCCUGGCAUUUUCUUUAUUUGACAUUCGUCCCCUAGCUUAAUUGAUGUAAAUGUUUACUAGUUUUCCAAAGUAUCAUCACUUUUUAAAAGAAUUUUCUUAUGCCUUGAGUUUGUGUCUUCUGAGCACUGACUGUUGCUGUCCUAGUCACAAUUUCUACCACCUAGUGGGAUCUAUGAAUCUGGUUAUAAGCACAAACAUCAUUAAAACUUAUCCAGUUCAUACUGGGAGUGGGUAGGAGGAAUAUGACUUUAAAUUCAUGUGGUUGAAGGAAGCAUUAUAUUGAAAUAUUAUCAGAGUGUCUCUCUUAAAUGACCUGAACAUUCAGUAAUACCUGGUGAAAGGCAUAAGACUGUUUCCAGAUAGAAUAUUUUUUUUUUCCUUUUAGAAGGAAUCUAAUCAGGGUAGCCUAGCUUUUCCAAGGGAAGAGAAGGAUAGCUUACCUAAGAUUAAAAAAUGUAAACAACAACUUUGGGAAGCCUGGUAAGUGGCUCGCUCUCUCUUUCUCUGUGGUUGUCAUCACCGUUGGCUACACUGAUUGAAGUACAGGGACUAAACAGAAACUGCAUGUCCUUGCUUCCUACAUUCUCAAUUACUUUUGAGAAAUCCAGAGUUCCUUUGCUUUAACAAGUUGAGCCUAGAUGGACUAAGCAGUAAGUUUCUCCCUCUCUGGAGAUACGUUGAAACCUGUUUUUUUUUUUUUUUCCUAGCAUAGCCUUCCUAGCUCAGAGCUGUGCCCAAGAACCCUCUCAGUGGCAUUUACAUAUCUUAUCCUGAUGCUUCCAAUUUAUAGUUCCAGUCAUCUCAUAUCAUUUUUCCCUGAGUCUUCCUACCUGUCCCUUUCACUGCCCCCCAUCCCAAAUAUUUCUAAAAAGGAAAUAUUGCAGCAAGUAAUUAGGCAUAGAAGGAAAGCCACCCAAUUUUCAUAGCCAGUUUCAUCAUACAUAAUUAUUUUUUAGGAAGAUUGAAACAUUACCCUACUUGUAUUUUUAGACCUUUUUUUAAAAAAAAAAAUUGUACAUAGGACCAAAUCCAAGCAGCGUGAAUGAAAAACCAGAAAACAGGGUUCAAUAAUAAACCAGUAUUGCCCAGUAUGGGAAAAGGGAUAAACUUAAAACAGGUAAUAAGAUCAGAAUUUUGAAAUCUACUUUUUUCAUAUAUUGCUCCAACAUUAUUUUUUAAGUCUUAAAAAUUGUGUCCAAAAUGUUUCCGUCCUCAGCAAAUGGACUGCAGGAAUUAAGACCGUUUCAAAGUUGGGGAUAUCUAAGGAAAGCCUGAGAGAUUAAUAAUGUAGGGGGCACAGGGAAAGUUUUGUCAGCAAAGUUCACUAGGGUCUAUCUAGUUUCUUGAACUAAGAAAUGAGGAAGACGUUGGAGUUUGAUAGCACCAGAGAUGAAAGAUUGCUUGGAAGGAAAAUCUGGAAGCAAGGGGGAACCCAGGACUAGGAUGUAGUGCUUGAACUGUUGUGCAUCCUGCACAAUGAGAGAACAAAGGAACAGUGGCCAUAUGUUGUCACGGACAGUGGUGCUUGCUGUACCUAAAAUGAAGUGGGCUUAGUGGAGUUUAGCCCAUAGAUUACAACUGGGAACUGCCACCUCAGGUGGAGUAUUUUAUACAUAGUACAGGAUGUUCCAAAAGUCUCUGUGCAGUUUAAGCUAUUAAAGUUUAACACAUUUAAUAUAAUAAAAGUUUUAAUAUAUUAAAAGUAUUAAAUUUUAAUAGCUUAAAACUGCUCAGAGACUUUGGGAACAUCCCGUAUUUCAACUAGCCCCAAGUCGGGUCUAGUCUCUACUAGAAAGAGCAAUAUUAAUGUUAACUCAUGUCUAAGAUCUUAGACUGUCUUUGCCAAAUCAUUUGGAUUUCAUUCUUGAUGGUGGUUGGGUGUUGAAUCAUUGAGAACCCACUGUAUUGUUACAGGCAUCAGAGCCAAAUAGUUUGGCUUCAGUGGCCUGAAGUGAGUGGGUAUCAUGGAAUUCUAGAACCAGAACAGACUUUCGCAAUUAUCUGUUCCAUUUUAGAGAAGAAAUUGAAGUUUGAAAAGGGGACCAGAUUUGCACAAGGUCUUAUUGAAAGUUAGCAGAUCCAGAACAAUAGUGCAAGUCUCCCGAAUUUUCUAGUCCGCAUUAGGCCCACUUAGGAACAGAGGAGGAUCUACGACACUGAUCCCUGCCCCUCCUCCACAGAUACUGAGCUUUGCUGACAGUGUCUUCUAUUGCUAGAGAUCUCGCCUCCUACUAGAUAUCUUUCUUUAUCCCUUUCUGUCUCUUCCUGCUCAGUCCCAUGCUACCCAGUAGAAAUUGACCACUGAGGGUACAGAUGUGGAAUUGACACCUGAACUCUCCUUCAAACCAAAUCACUGUUUGGGGGGUUUAUUCAGUUAAAAGCUACUCCUCCAUGUACACUUGUACACCACUGGUACUAUUAACCGUGUGUCCCUGCCAUUUGCAAAUGACAAAGCAUCUUUACCAUCUGUGAUUGCCAACUCUCCAAAUCUGUGAGGCUGGGGCCUUGUGUAACAGUCAGUAUGCAAACUGGGGCCAACACUCAGCCACCUUUGAAGGUUUAUUGAUUUGGUAAAUGAUGGCAUAGUGGAGGAAUGGAAACAAGCCAUGAAUAAAGAAAUGUUUUACAAUUCCA